UCUAUGCUCCAGUAUAGCUUACACCUACGCCAGUGAAAACUCCGCUAUCUCCGAAUGCAUUCCCCGCACUACAAAUUCCCGCGUCAACAGCGCAGACGAUGCUACAAGUUCCCAACAGCAGCUAUAACUACAAUGGCCGCAGUCCUCCAAAGCCAGAAGACCGCCCUAAUUACCGGUGCAGCAUCGGGCAUCGGCUUCGCCGUCGCGAAGCUCUGCCGCAGUCGGAGAAUGCACCUUGCCCUGCUCGACAUCGACGCCGCCAAUCUCCAAAAGGCCAAGGAGGUGCUGGUAUCUGAGUCAACUGACUCAUCGCUAAAGACAGAAGCAUACGUUAUUGACGUGGGUGACAAGUCGCAAUGGGAUAGUAUCGCCGCUCAGGUGCAGUCAUCUUUCGCGACUCUCGACCUUGUCCUCUUGAAUGCGGCGCGGGGCACGAAGCCCAAGGAAUUGGAUCCGUGGGUUCAGAGCGCAGAGUAUUGGAGACAGAUCUUUGACACGAACGUCUUCGGGCCUGUAAACGGUAUCAGCGCGGUCCUCCCAGUUCUUAAGAAGGACCCGUCCUCGGCCAAAGCGAUUAUCAUCACUGGCUCGAAGCAAGGUAUUACCAAUCCGCCUGGCGCCCACAACCCGGCCUACAAUUCCUCGAAAGGCGCAAUCAAGAUCCUGACCGAACACCUGGCUCACGAUCUCCGCUCUGACAGUGCCUCAGCACAUAUCUCAGCUCACUUGCUUGUUCCUGGAUGGACAUGGACUGGGUUAAUGGGAAAUGUCGGUCCGACGGAUGAGAAAGAGAUCAAGAAGAUGAAAGGGUCGUGGGCACCGAGUCAGGUUGCAGAGGAGCUGGAGAGGGGGUUGCAGAGGGGCUCAUUCUACAUUAUCUGCCCAGAUGAUGAUGUUGAUCGAGCUUUGGAUCAGGCACGGAUGCAGUGGGGUUGUGAGGAUAUUCUGGAGGAUCGCCCGGCGCUGUCGAGGUGGGAGGAGGGUUGGAAGGAGAGGGCUGAGCAGGCGAUUCGAGACUAUGCUGAGAGGAGGAGGAAAUAGAUUGACGCGUGGUAUGAUUCUGAGCUGCCUCUUCCCGAAUUUAGAAA